AUGACGUCCCCCGAUGCUACUGACGGAGGUUACGGAUGGGUCAUCGUGUUUGCAGUCUUCUGGAACAAUGCUCACGUCUGGGGAAUACUGUCCAGCUAUGGUGUCUUCCUGGAAUACUUCACCUCCCAUUCCAUAUUCCCGCACAGUCGAGCUCUCGACUUUGCCCUGAUUGGAGGUCUAUCGGCUUCACAGGCUCUCGUGAUAUCGCCCUUAAUCACAACCAUUCACCGUCGCUUUGGCCUCAGGGCUACCAUAGCCCUCGGUGUCCUGUUUGAGACCGCAGCUCUGCUGGGAGCGUCCUGGAGCACAGCGAUUUGGCAACUGUAUCUGAGCCAAGGUGUCUGCUUUGGAUGGGGUCUCGGUCUGCAGUAUCUUUCGACAACCGCCAUCAUUCCGCAGUGGUUCAGCAAAAGGCGAAGUCUCGCGGCAGGCAUUACAACAGCUGGAACCGGCACUGGCGGACUAAUAUAUUCGCUUGCAGCUCACGCCAUGCUAGAUAAUGUCGGCAGGGGCUGGUCAUAUCGAAUCCUAGCGAUCGUACAGCUCGUUGUGAACUCCAUUUGCCUACUGCUUCUGCGUGACCGAAGCUCAGCGCAUGCAACCGGGAGACCGGGGUUAUCGAUCAAUUUCAAGCUCGGAAAGAGAUAUGAGACAUGGCUAUUUAUCGCUUGGGGCUUUUUCAGCGUGAUGGGUUUCAUGGUGAUUUGGUUUUCGCUGGCAACAUACGCUCGAAGCAUCGGCCUGACUGCCAGCCAAGGGUCCACUAUCACCGCCGUAAUGAAUAUAGGACAGAUGUUCGGACGCCCUGCGGUAGGUUUUUUCAGUGACAAGAUUGGCAGAUUGAAUGUUACCACUUUUGCCUCGUUUGUCAGCGGCGUAUUAUGUCUGCUGCUGUGGGUUUUUGCGAAGACAUAUGCAGCCCUCACUUGCUUUGCAUUGUUUGCUGGGAUCUUGUUUGGCACCUUCUGGGCGGCUAUUGGCCCUUUGGCCGCCGAGGUUGUCGGACUAGAAGAGCUGCAGUCAUGCUUGACCAUUGCCUGGCUCGUCUGUUCUGUACCUGCAACUUUCGGAGCGGCUAUCGGACUUGAGCUUCGGACGACCGGAGAGCACGAGUAUCUCCACACGCAGCUGUUCACGGGGUUCAUGUAUAUUGCAGCAUCACUGUGCACACUGCUGCUGCGGGGAUGGAAGAUAUCGGACAAGGACCGUCGAGGGGAUAUAUUACGUUCGAUGGUGAAGAUGGAGAAAGUCUAA